AUUUAUUUUACAUUGAGAAGAGCUGGGAGGAGUCGGUGACCGAAAAUAAAAUAAAUUGCUAAGAAAAUGAAGAGAUUCAAAACCCUCCUGAGUAGACAGGGUAGCAGCAGUACCAGUUUUGAAGAUGCAAGUCCUGUCGAGGAACAACCUCCUCCACCUGAACCGGUUCAGAAAGUGUAUACAAAGGAAGACAGAGAGUUUUCCAAUGAUCCUGUUGAAGAAGCAGAGGUCAUUGCUAGUAUAGAAGAGCAGUAUUUUACAGAAGAUACCUUUGAUUGCAGCAAUUAUGAGCUUGAGAAACUCACAUCUGAACAAUUGGAUCUUGCUGCCAUUGAUGAGGAUAGAAACAAGCUACGAAGACAGCUACAAGCAGUAUCCAAGAAAUUUUCAGAUGUUGUGUUGGAAAAUCAAUCUGCCUAUACCAAGGAAUUACAAAGAGUCAUGGAGUUACAAGCUUCUUUACAGAAGGCGAGUGUGAUCUGCAUGAACGGUCGAAGGCAAUUGUCGAUGACAAAGCAAGGUUUCACGGUAGCCAGUCUAAGGAUACUGAAGAAUCACAGGAAGAAACAACAGCUUCUAGGACUACUCAAAUCCCUCCAUACUAUUGAUACGCUGCAAAGAACAGACAUAAGACUGAGAGAACUAAUGGAAGAAGAAGACUAUCCAGGUGCCAUUCAGCUAUGCCAGGAAUGUCAGCGAGCUGCAAGUAACUUUAAACACUACAAGUGCAUCAGUGAACUGAGCUCAAAACUUCAAGAUACAUUGGAAAUGAUUGAGGAGCAACUUGAUAAUGCCCUUGCGAAGAUCUGCAGUAAUUUUGACAUCAAGAACUAUGAGAAACUCCAGACAGCAUACAGAUUAUUAGGCAAGACACAGACUGCUAUGGACCAACUUCACAUGCAUUUUACUAGUGCAAUUCACAACACAGCAUUCCAGAUCAUCUUAGGCUACGUCCAGUUGGUCAGUGGACCUACUGACUCCAGGUUUCAAAAGAUGCCGUACAGGGACCUAUGCUCUCAAAUUCACAUGGAGACGUAUAUCCCUUGCUUAGUGGAUUUGUGCAAGGCCUUGUGGGAGGUGAUGAAAAGCUAUUAUAAGACAUUAGAAUGGCAUGACAAACAGGAGAGUUCCGACCAGGCUACAACACCAGAAUCGGAAGAACUUCAGCAGACGAGUGAUGUAGAGGAGUCUUUCAGCCGUCGGUACAUUAGGAAGAAAUUGGAACACGGUCUAGCUAGGAUAUGGCAGGAUGUCCAGCAAAAGGUCAAGACCUACCUCCAAGGGACUGACCUAUCCAGCUUCAAGUACGAUGAUUUCAUCUACGUCCUCGAUCUAGUCAAUAGGUUAAUAUCUGUAGGUGAGGAGUUCUGUGGUAGUAAAUCAGAAGGACUCCAUGAUUCUAUCAGGCAACAGAGUUUGAAUUACUUCAAGAGCUAUCACAGGGCUAGAAUGGAUGAACUGCGGAUGUUCCUGGAGAACGAAGGAUGGGAGAUGUGUCCCGUCAAGAGCAACUUCUCCUUCCAAAGCCUCCACGAGUUCAGGUUCCUCCGGGAGUACGACACCGUCACCUCCAACACCGGUAGCAGAGUAGAUGGGCGUGGCACGGUACUGACCUCGCCCACAGGGCGUGGCUUCUUCUCCAAGUAUGCAGAGCAGGGAAGUCCAUUUGAUAAACAGUUUGCGUCUGAUGAAGAAGAGGAUGAAGCCACUGCUAAUGGACCUGAGAAUGAGAGAUUCCUUGGUUAUGAAGACUCUGAUGAUAGUGAUGUUCCUGAUGAACUCAAACAAGACUAUGUAGAUGAAAAAACAGGAGAACAACCAGUCAAAAGGAACUCUUUGAAGAAGAAGAAAGCAGAGAGGGCAUAUAGCAAGGGCCCCAUUCUCACCAACACAACAUUGACAGUACUUAGGUUAUGUGGGAAGUAUAUGAACAUGAUGUCUGUUUUGAAGCCGAUAGCCUUUGAUGUGGUGCUAUGUAUGUCUCAACUGUUUGACUAUUACAUCUUUGCCGUCUACACUUUCUUUGCAACGGAUGUGAGUACAAUGAGUGGAGCAUCGCUUGGCAGUAAACUAUGGACGACUCUCAAAAGGAUCAAUGAUAAUCUCAUUGAGCAAGAUCCAAACACUGCUAUGGUAUCUCACUCAGUAGAUGGAAGGAUGAAAGUAGGUUUUCCCCACGUCUCUCCAAUCGUUGAUCUGAACAGCAGUGAUGGGUUGUAUAGUCUUGCUGAAAGGGUCGUCGGUACAGAGUCUCUGAUAUUUCUUGCCAAUCAGUUUGAGUUACUCCAACCCCACCUUGAGUCUGUCAUUCCAGCCAGCAAGAAGGCUUUCCUUCAACAAUUCUACUCACAGACGGUGAGUGUGGCAAGUGAUCUACGUAAGCCGAUCUACCGGGGCGUGGCCUCUCGUUGCAUGGACUACGAUCGAAUCCUUCAGUUGAUGAUGACGGUCAAGUGGGACAUCAAAGACAUCAUGUCACAGCACAGUCCAUACGUUGAUGCUCUAUUACAUGAUAUGAGCGGAUUUAGUAGUCGAUUAGCAGCCAUGAGCAACAAGCGAGUACCCAUACCUCAAGAAGCUCACAGAGUUCUUUGGGAACAUGUUAUCCGACUAGCCAAUCGCAUCCUAGUCGAGGGGUUUGCAUGUGCCAAGAAGUGUAGUAAUGAGGGUCGAGCGCUGAUGCAGCUGGAUUUCCAACAAUUUCUGAUCAAGAUUGAAGCCAUCGCACAAGUCAAGCCUGUACCAGAUCGUGAAUUUGUAGAAGCCUAUGUGAAGGCCUACUAUCUCUCCGAGGCUGAUAUUGAAUUAUGGGUAAAGGAACAUAAGGAGUAUUCAGCCAAGCAAUUAAGUAGCUUGGUAUCAUGUGCCGUCGGGUCAAAGAAGGCACGGCAGAGACUCCUCAAUAGUAUAGAAGACUUCGAGAAGAAUAGACCGAGAUAGCAUCAUUAAUAGCAUCACUCACUCUUCAAAACAUUCUGGACCCUGUUUCACGAAAUGUGUUAUCAAUGGUAAAUUACAAGCUGCUGUUCUAAGCUACUGAAAUGGUGCAAUUGUAUUGGUUAAGAACACACAAAGUGCAAAUUCCAACCUUUGUUAUUGAUACCAAGUUAUGAUGAAAAGGGGGACUUGAUUCACACCUCUGCAUGCCUAGACCCUAAUCGACACUUGAUUGAACAAGUGUGUUAUGAGAGAAGACUUGUCUUGGUUUAGAGAAUCUACAGUACUCGAAUUCCUCUUCUCUGAAAGGCCGUAAAUUUAGACCACUGUGACACGUUUCUAUGUACUUUGGUUUGCAACAGCGAAUAAGAUUCGGCCCAAUACAGUUUUCUUCAAAGACUGUUGCAAUAAUGUUCUAUAGAAGCUGAAAAUUGUUGUGUUUGGAUUUCUUUUUGCCAACAUUGUCUGUUAAAGUUGGCCAUCACCUCCACAAAAGCCAUAUCUCUU